AUGGUAGAUGACAAGGGAAAGAACAUGAAAUGUCUCACCUUCUUCUUGAUGCUUCCAGAGACAGUUAAGAACAGGUCGAAGAAAAGCUCGAAGAAGGUAAACAGUAGUAGCAGCAGCAGCAGUGGCAGCAGCAGCAGCAGCAGCAGUGGCAACGGUGGCAGCAGCAGCAGCAGCAGCAAAUUACCUCCAGUGUGCUAUGAAAUCAUUACCUUGAAGACUAAAAAGAAGAAAAAGAUGGCUGCUGAUAUUUUCCCCCGAAAGAAACCAGCUAACAGUAACACAACUGCUAUCCAGCAGUAUCACCAGCAAAAUAUCAAUAACAACAAUAUUAUCCCAGCUCCCAACUGGCAAGGACUUUAUCCCACCAUCCGAGAAAGAAAUGCAGUGAUGUUCAACAACGACUUGAUGGCAGAUGUUCAUUUUGUGGUUGGGCCACCAGGUGGGACCCAGCGAUUACCAGGACACAAAUAUGUCUUAGCUGUUGGGAGCUCUGUGUUCCACGCAAUGUUUUAUGGGGAGCUUGCUGAGGAUAAAGAUGAAAUCCGUAUCCCAGAUGUGGAGCCUCCCGCUUUCCUCGCUAUGCUAAAAUACAUUUAUUGUGAUGAAAUUGACCUGGCUGCUGAUACGGUUCUGGCAACUCUUUAUGCCGCCAAGAAGUACAUUGUUCCUCAUCUCGCCCGGGCCUGUGUGAAUUUCCUAGAGACGAGCUUAAGUGCAAAAAACGCUUGUGUGCUACUUUCCCAGAGCUGCUUAUUUGAGGAACCGGACUUGACAGAGCGUUGCUGGGAGGUGAUUGAUGCGCAGGCCGAACUGGCUCUGAAAUCGGAAGGCUUCUGUGACAUUGAUUUCCAAACCCUUGAAAGCAUUCUCCAAAGGGAGACCCUGAACGCCAAAGAGAUUGUGGUUUUUGAAGCUGCCCUCAAUUGGGCCGAAAUGGAGUGUCAACGGCAAGAGUUGCCUCCUAGCAUUGAAAAUAAGCGCAAAGUGCUUGGGAAGGCGCUCUAUCUCAUUCGCAUUCCAACCAUGGCCCUGGAUGACUUCGCCAACGGGGCUGCUCAGUCCGGCCUUCUGACCCUCAGUGAAACAAAUGAUAUCUUCCUUUGGUACACAGCUGCCAAAAAACCAGAGCUGCAGUUUGUGAGCAAUGUCCGCAAAGGCCUGGUCCCGCAGCGCUGUCAUCGCUUCCAGUCUUGUGCCUAUCGCAGCAACCAGUGGCGCUACAGGGGCCGAUGCGACAGCAUCCAGUUUGCUGUUGACAAGAGAGUUUUCAUUGCUGGGUUUGGACUCUACGGCUCCAGCUGCGGAUCAGCCGAAUACAGCGCUAAGAUUGAACUCAAGCGGCAAGGUGUUAUCCUUGGACAAAACUUAAGCAAGUAUUUCUCAGAUGGAUCUAGCAAUACUUUCCCCGUGUGGUUUGAGUAUCCAGUGCAAAUCGAACCAGAUACCUUUUAUACAGCUAGUGUGAUUUUGGAUGGUAAUGAACUCAGCUAUUUUGGACAAGAAGGAAUGACAGAAGUCCAAUGUGGCAAAGUGACGGUGCAAUUCCAGUGUUCUUCAGACAGCACCAAUGGCACUGGGGUUCAGGGAGGGCAAAUUCCAGAACUUAUUUUUUAUGCUUGAAGGGAAAGGUGGGUUCGCAGGACACGAUGUGAUUCUAUGAUGUAUCGUGUCUGGUUCAGGCCAAUUUCAUGCUUAGCUUGUUGUCUGCAGAUAUAUGGUCAGUUCAAGUAGGACACUCCUAAAUGCAGUGAACAGUUUUAACUCUUGCUGUACUUUUUAUUGUCUACAUGUAUUUCUUUUGCUACAUGCUCCCAAGGUCAAACUAGCAAAUUAAGUGUUAAAGAUGUUCAGCUUUAGCACAGAUGGAAUGCCUUAUUAGUGAAGAAAGAUGUCAUUUUUUUUCCAUGCAGUGUGUGUCAAGAGGCUUACUUGUCUGGUCUCUACUUUGCUGCUAUUUCCUGUCAUUUUGAUUUAUGAUUUAUUUAUUUUUGCUCCUCCAUGCUGUAGGCUUCUUGAACACCUCAGAAUUAAAUGUGUCUUUAGUCUUUUGCCCUUUGGAUGCGGCUCAAACUUAGAUUUGAGGCUGGUUUGGGCUGAGGUUUUGUUGAGGGAACAUAGGAGAUCUUCAAAUGUCAACCAUUUGAAGACCGUAGCAACUGAUUGGAAAAUAUAUAAAGUUUGGUUUGCAAUGAGUUGCUUUGGAAAUUUUGGAUUUAUUUUAUGUUGUGACCGACAACAACAUAAACUCAAGGUCUUUGGGGACAGUUGCUUUUUAAUUAACCGUAACGUUUUUUAGAAAGCUCUUUUUCAAGCAAGCUGUUGAUAUUUAAAUUGCAAUUUUUGCUUGCCCGGGAUUACUUCUGGGAAGCCUUCCCUAGCUGAUAGCCCUCCAGAUGUAUUGGUGCAGUGCCUAAUAUCCUCAUAGUGCACGCAGGGUGGGAAGGAUGGCAGCGAAAGCCUUUCAUACAAGGAGAGGCUACUCUGAAGUAUUACAUUUACACUGUUACAAAAUCUCUCUGAUAGUUACUUUUCUUUUCACCGGAUUAAAUACAUUUCAUUUAAUCAAGUCUAACAGCCAUUAUUCUGGUUGCCUUUCAUGCAUCGUGGUUUUUUUUUUCCAAUGUCAGAAAAUAUGUAGCAAAAAGUAAAUGAUGAGUUUUGUGAGUUUUAUUUGCCCAAAUACCAUUUUAAAGAUACAUGUUUUUUCUCCAAGUAUUAAAAAUACAGACGUUUGGAGCAUUUUAAUUGUUAGCAAUUGCCAUGGAAUGUAUUUGUUCAGUGUUCCAUACAGUGACAUUUUUUUCCAUAGAACUCAAAGCUAAAUAUUUUAAUGCUUCACAUAUUAAAUUAACUAGUGGGACAUUUAAAUAAUAAAAACAAGUAGGUUUGGAAGCUUUGUUUUUGAACAAGCAAAUAGACUGACAUUAUACAGCUUGGUUAGAAUAUGACUAUUCAUCCAAUUAUAAAUUUUGAAACAUGUCUCAAAUUUCUAGAUGUUAAUUUUUUUUCUCAUCUGAUUCCCUCCACAUGCCUAUAGUUUUCAUUAUCUCCAGCCAGUGUGACAAAGGGAUUCCUUGUAUUUGUAAUUUAACACAGGUUGCAGCAGAAUUAUUGAGG